AUGCCGACAGCAACAAAUGGUACAUAUGUUGAAUCACCAGUAAAAAAUCAAUCGUAUCAACAAAAUGAUAAUAACAAUGAUGAUGAUUAUCGUCGAGAACUUGAACGACCAGCUGACGUUGUCGAAGAUAUGCGUCAAAUGGGACAACGACAGCGUGUUAGAACAAUAUUAAAUUCUAAAGAAUUUCGUGAUGAACUCGAAGAAAUUAUAACUGAUGCAUUAAAACACGGACCACAUCCUGCAUCAAUAAUUGCAUUACAACAAAUAUCGGAAUUACUAUUGCCACAUACAUCACGUUGGACAACUGUGUCGUCAUUGUCGCGUGCUGGGGGCUCGGUUAUUGUACCAAUUAAUGAUAUACGUGGCGUGGAUUCACAAGGUUAUUCGAAAAGUGAACGAUUACUUCGAUGUAAAUUAGCAUCACUUUAUCGUCUCGUGGAUUUAUUUGGAUGGUCACAAGGCAUUUAUAAUCAUAUAACGGUUCGUGUCAAUCAAGAACUCGAACAUUUUUUAAUUAAUCCCUUUGGUUUGAUGUACCAUGAAGUAACAGGUUCAAGUUUAGUGAAAGUUGAUAUUGCCGGUAAUAUCAUUGAUCCCGGUAGUACAACCUAUGGAAUCAACCGUGCUGGUUAUACACUUCAUUCGGCUGUACACAAAGCACGACCCGAUCUUAAAUGUGUUAUACAUUUACAUACGCCGGCUGUUGCUGCUGUAUCAGCGAUGAAAUGUGGUCUUUUACCGUUAUCACAGGAUGCUUUGUUUUGUGGGAAAAUUUCCUAUCAUGAUUAUCGUGGAAUAUUGAUUGAAGACGAUGUGAAAAAAUUACUUGUCGAAGAUUUAGGUCCAAUAAAUAAAGUUAUGAUUUUACGUAAUCAUGGUUUUGUUGCAUGUGGUGAAACAAUUGAAGAAGCAUGGAAAUAUGCAUUUAAUGUUAUUAAUGCUUGUGAAGUACAAGUACGCGCAGCACCUAUGGGCAUCGAUCAAUUGUAUCUACCAUCAAGUGAACAACAAAAACGAAUUGCUGAUGUACUUCAUGGAAAUAUCAAUGAAGCAACUGGAGAUAAAAAAUGGAAAAUAGGUGAACUUGAAUUUGAAAGUUUGAUGCGUAUUUUGGACAAUGCUGGUUUUCGUACGGGUUAUGUUUAUCGUCAACCAUUAAUUCGUACUAUUGAUAAAACAACGUCAUUUAAAGAUGUUGAAGUUCCACCAGCUGCUUCAUCGGCUACAUCAUUUGCUGAACAGGCCUAUCCCGAAGCUUAUUCACCAACACGUCAAGCUCAACGUACAACAGAAUGGCGUAAUUCGCCGAAUGCUUAUUUAAAACAAGAAAUUGAAGAAACAGGAACACCCAAUCCUAAGAAAGUUACCAAAUGGGUACCAGAUACAGGUUUAAAACAUUCGACACCAAUUAAAAUCGAUACAAAACAUCAAUUCGCACCCAGUAAUGUUGGUACAAAAGAACUUAAAAUUCAUCAAAAACAAUUCAAAGAAGAUCGUUUCAAUGAAAAAGUUUCUGCUGGUUAUCAAUCUAAACUUCUUGAAAAUGCCUCUUGGGACGAUGCAUCACAAAUGAAAGAACCACAUCAGACAUCAUCCGAAGCUGUUGUUAUUGUUGGUGCUGCAUCAAAAGGCAUUAUUAAACGUGAUCAACAAAACAAUGCAAUUGUUUAUAAAAGUUACUAUGCUCAAAAUCCAUUUGCUCAUAUCGAUAAUGAUGAUAUCGAAAAAUACAAGCGAGAAGUUGAACAGAAUCAAAUGCGCGAACAAGCAUUCAAGAAAAAUGCUCUACUUGAUGAAAUACGAAAGGGUAUAUCUAACGCUUCAUUGAUUCACUUUGACACGCCGUUUCAUGAUUUUUUUUCUUUUUACGUUCCGUAG